AUGACAGUUCCGGAAAUAGCUCGCCACUUUGGCUAUCCUUCUGAAACUCAUAUCGUACGAACUAAGGAUGACUACAUACUUGAAUUACAUAGGAUAACAGGAAGUACAAAUGAAAGUUUUGAAAAUGUUAGGAAACCAGUUGUUUUCAUGCAGCAUGGUCUGUUCGCUGAUUCAUAUAACUUCUUGCCAAAUAUGCCAUCCCAAUCAGCUGCAACUGUCUUUGCUGAUCAAGGAUUUGACGUUUGGAUUGGGAACUCUAGAGGAACUCCAGCUUCUCAGAAGCAUAUCGGGUUUGGACCCGAAGAUACUAGGUUUUGGAACUUCACCUGGCAAGAUAUGUCUCAGUAUGAUUUGACCGCCUCGAUUGACUACGUUUUGAAAGAGACGGGAGAGGAAAGUAUUUACUAUAUUGGCCAUUCUCAGGGCACUGUCAUAAUGUUCGCAAAGUUGGCGGAAGAGCCGGAAUUCGCAAAAAAGAUACGUCAAUUUCACGCAUUGGCUCCUGUAGCGACAGUAUCUCAUAUUGGCGGGUUGUUUAAAUAUCUUGGAUCUCGCUUAAUUGACUUUGUCAAGUUUAUACUCUAUCGAGUGCCUAACUCUCCUUUGACCUUUCCGAAAAUACUCCAAAAAAUUAUUUCAACACUGUGCAGCUUGCCUAUAGGACAGAAUGUCUGUACUCUUGAUAUUGGUAUUGUUGAUGGAAAGGAAGAUCAAUUUAACAUGACGCGAGUCGGAGUGUAUCUAUGCCACAUGCCUGCUGCUACUUCAACUAAAGAUCUCCUUCACUGGGUUCAACUCGUGAAAAGUCAAAAACUUCAAAAGUUUGAUUUUGGCUCUCCUGAAGCUAACCUCGUUGCUUAUGGUCAGACUUUCCCACCUGAAUAUAAUUUAACGAAAAUCAACACUCCGACAUACAUUUAUUGGAGUAAAGAUGAUAUCUUGGCUGACACGGACGAUAUACGAGAAACUAUUCUAAAGAAUAUGAAUCAUACUAUCAUUGGAAACAUUGAACUGCCGAAGUAUACACAUCUCGAUUUCGUUUUUGGAUUGAAUGCCACUAAUGAUCUAUACUUACCAAUGAUUAAGGAGAUUCGCAAGGAUUUCAUUCAGACUGCUCAGAAGCAACCUUUACACCCUAAUUUAUCAUUCAAUCAAAUACUGAAACUCUAA